GGCAGCACCGCGGUGGAACCCGGCAGCACAGCACCCGUUCUGACAUGGGGUGGGGCUGACAGCUGUGGGAGUGCUCCCAAUGUGGAGAGGUGAAAGAGAAUUCAAGUGUCAAAAGGGUAGUCUCCAGCAGAACAGGGCUCCCUCUGAAUCAUCCCUUUUGUUAGGAUUAAAAAAAAGCCACUUCUCCCCCAAGGCACAACCCACCCGGGACAGCAGAGGUAGCGGGCGAUGGGAAACUAGGUGCAGCUGGCAGCAAUCGGAGGGUGGGGAAGGGAGGAGGGGAGACUGGGAGACGGUCCCACCCCCGUGGAGGGUGUAUAAAAGGCCUCCACUUCGGGGAAGAGCCACCAAUCUAGGCCCAGGCCAAACCCAGCUCCUGUCCUCACCUGCUCUCCAUCUUGCCCUCACCAUGAGUUGCCGUCUGCAGAGCUCCUCUGCCAGCUACGGAGGUGGUUUCGGGGGUGGCUCCUGCCAGCUGGGAGGAGGUCGCACUGUCUCCAGCUGUUCCACCCGGUUUGUGUCUGGAGGAUCAGCUGGGGGCUACGGGGGCGGCAUGAGCUGCGGCUUUGGUGGAGGGUCUGGCUUUGGUGGCGCUGGAGGUUGUGUUGGAGGCGGCUUUGGAGGUGGCUUCGGCGGUGGCUUCGGCGGUGGCUUCGGUGGCGGCUUCGGUGACGAUGGUGGCCUCCUCUCUGGCAACGAGAAGAUCACCAUGCAGAACCUCAACGACCGCCUGGCCUCCUACCUGGACAAGGUGCGCGCCCUGGAGGCGGCCAACACAGAGCUGGAGGUGAAGAUCCGGGACUGGUACCAGAAGCAGAGCCCGUCCAGUCCGGAGCACGACUAUAGCCACUACUACAAGACCAUCGAGGAGCUCCGGGACAAGAUCCUGGCAGCCACCAUUGACAAUAACAGGGUCCUCCUGGAGAUCGACAACGCCAGGCUGGCUGCAGAUGACUUCAGGCUCAAGUAUGAAAAUGAGCUGUCCCUGCGCCAGUGCGUGGAGGCCGACAUCAACGGCCUGCGCCGGGUGCUGGACGAGCUGACCCUGUCCAAGACUGACCUGGAGAUGCAGAUCGAGAGCCUGAACGAGGAGCUGGCCUACAUGAAGAAGAACCAUGAGGAGGAGAUGAAGGAGUUCAGCAACCAGAUGGUAGGCCAGGUCAACGUGGAGAUGGACGCUACCCCUGGCAUUGACCUGACCCGCGUGCUGGCGGAGAUGAGGGAACAGUACGAGGCCAUGGCGGAGAAGAACCGGCGGGAUGCUGAGGAAUGGUUCCACAAGAAGACCGCAGAGCUGAACAAGGAGGUGUCCUCCAGCACAGAGAUGAUCCAGUCCAGCAAGACAGAGAUCACAGAGCUCAGACGCACACUCCAAGGCCUGGAGAUUGAGCUGCAGUCCCAGCUUAGCAUGAAAGCCGGCCUGGAGAGCUCGCUGGCCGAGACGGAGUGCCGCUACGCCCUGCAGCUGCAGCAGAUCCAGGGGCUCAUCAGCAGCAUGGAGGCCCAGCUGAGCGAUCUCCGCAGCGAGAUGGAGUGUCAGAACCAGCAGUACAAGAUGCUGCUGGACAUCAAGAGCCGGCUGGAGCAGGAGAUCGCCACCUACCGCAGCCUGCUGGAGGCCCAGGACUCCAAGAUGACAGGCUUCACCUCUGCCACCGGAGGAAACGCUGGUGGAACCACCCGUCGCCCCUCCGAAACCCUCCGUAGGACUUAAGUCUGCCUGGCGUGCCUCCCUCUCUCUGCGGCCCCCAGAGGAGACAGCAGACGUUCCCUGCAGGAGGGAGGCGGGUCUGUGGGCCUCAGCAGCAGGGUCCCCGCCAUCCUCCU